AGUAACCAAAAAGAGAGGUAAGGACCGAAAGGGUGUUGUUAUUCUUCCAGCGAAGAACAACGAUUGUGUUGUUGCAUAGCGAUUUUUGACGCUCUCAAUUGUUCUGGGAGCGGCAGUUGCAGCUUCGACUCGGGUCUCAUGUGAUUGCUAAUGGCAUCUUUUGUAGACUUGGGAGGGAGGAAGGUGAAGAGUGAUAGAUUCUAAGAAUACGAUACGAUGUCAGCACUUUUCAAUUUCCAUUCAUUUCUUACUGUGAUACUACUGGGAAUAUGUGCCUGCACUUAUUUCAAGAUGCAGUUUCCAGCAAUCCUUGAACAGAGAACUGGAUUUCGCGGUUUCUUCUGGAAGGCAGCAAGAAUAGGUGAGCGUUUAAGCCCGUGGGUAGCUGUGGGUUGCUUCAUGAUGGGCGUCUCAAUAAUCUUCUUCUAAUUUAUGUUUACCUCUAUUCAAUAGGGCAUCCAUUCUAUGCUCUAGUGAAGUUUUGAAUGCUAGAUGAUUUGCAGAUCUGCAAUAGGAGAGUUUGUACUUGCAAAAUUUCAUCGGAGCCCUUGAAACUCAUUGUUUCUAGCUCAUUUAUUUAUGUAUAGCAGCUUGAAUCAGGGUAACCGAUUUAUCUCACAAUUGUCUUUUUGGAAUGCGCUUGUCUUUUUUUUUUCCCCCCUCAGAACUAGGUGGUAUUUUUGCUGUUUAUCCCCUCAGUAAAUUUGGAUGGAUGGAAUUCAAGUAGCUAGUUCAUCAUUGGGGUCUCUAACCUCGAUAACUAAGCCCAAAUUUUAUCUAUA